CCACCACAUCAUGUGGCCGUCAGUUGGUCUUUCGGAGUCGGUGAAGGGGGAGUGUGCCAUCGUGCUGAGGAGAUGGCGUCCUACGAAGAAGUUGGGAUUGGGGACGCUGUGCUCCUGGAUGAAAUAUCAGUGCGAGCCUUUGUGAACAAUUUACAAGUCAGGUACAAUGGCGGGAAGAUUUACACUUACAUCGGCGAGGUGUGCGUGUCUGUCAACCCAUACAGGACCAACAACAUCUAUGGCAAGGAGUUCGUCUCGCAGUACAAAGGUCGCGAAAUCUUCGAGCGGCCGCCACAUAUCUUCGCCAUUGCCGAUGCCGCGUACAAGGCCAUGAAGCGGCGGGGGAAGGACACCUGCAUCGUCAUCUCCGGCGAGUCAGGCUCCGGCAAGACCGAGGCGUCCAAGAUUAUCAUGAGAUACAUCGCCGCCGUCACGAACGUGGCCGGCCAACAGGAGGUGGAGAGAGUCAAGAACAUCCUGCUGCAGUCCAAUGCCAUCCUGGAGGCGUUUGGAAAUGCCAAGACCAACAGAAAUGACAACUCCUCACGCUUUGGGAAGUACAUGGACAUUAACUUCGACUUCAAGGGGGACCCAAUUGGUGGCCACGUUCAGAAUUACCUCCUGGAGAAGUCACGGGUUGUCCUCCAGCAGCAAGGCGAGAGGAACUUUCACUCGUUCUAUCAGGUGCUCUUCGGCGCGACAGACGCAGAGUUGUCACGAUUGAAGUUGAAGCGCAACGUGAACGCCUACCACUUCAUCCGUCAGGGUGGCAGUCCCCGGGUGGACUCUAUUGCAGACAAGGCAGACUACAAGGCAUGCCAGCAGGCCUUCAAGACACUUGGCUUCACAGGAGACCAAGUGGAUGCCAUCUGGAGAAUUGUUGGGGCCAUACUCCAUCUUGGCAAUAUUGAGUUCAGUUCUGGUGGGGAUGAGACACAAAUUCAGAACCCACAAGAGGUGAACAGCAUUGCAGAGCUGCUCAGAGUGUCUCCAGAGGAAGUGAAGAAGGCACUCUGCCAUCGUGUGAUUGCUGUCCGCGGAGAAGUGAUGGAGAAGCGCCACAAUGACAGCCAGGCAAGCUUUGGGCGAGAUGCCUUUGCAAAGGCCAUAUACGAGCGACUCUUCUCGUUCAUCGUGGAUGGGGUGAACAGUGCCAUAGAGGUCCGCUACGAGGGUGUUGCUGCUCGCUACAAGUACAACACUGUCAUAGGCGUCCUUGACAUCUAUGGCUUUGAAAUAUUUGAGCGAAACAGCUUCGAGCAGUUCUGCAUCAAUUACUGUAAUGAGAAACUACAACAGCUUUUUAUUGAGCUGGUGUUAAAACAGGAGCAGGAGGAGUACAAGAGGGAAGGUAUUGCCUGGCAGAACAUUGAGUAUUUCAACAACCAGAUCAUUUGUGACCUGGUGGAGCAGCAGCACAAGGGUAUCAUAGCCAUCACUGAUGAAGCGUGUCUCAACGUGGGCAAAAUCACUGACGAGAUGCUGCUGGAGGCCAUGGAGAACAAGCUGAAGGGCCACAAGCACUUCACCACGCGCAAACUCUCCCCUAUGGACAAGGAACUCAAGCACGUGGAGGAGUUCCGAAUAAAGCACUAUGCAGGUGAUGUAGUGUACAGCAUCAUGGGUUUCCUGGAGAAGAACAGGGAUACACUCUUCCAAGACUUCAAGCGCUUGAUGUACAGCUCCUCAGACCCAGUCAUCUCUGAGAUGUGGCCAGAGGGAGCACAAGACAUCACUAUGACAACAAAGCGCCCCCUGACAGCCGGGACUCUCUUCAAGAACUCCAUGAUUGCCCUGGUCAAAAAUCUGGCCUGCAAGGAACCCUACUACAUCCGCUGCAUCAAACCCAAUGAACAGAAGUCUCCUGUCAUCUUUGACGAAGAGCGUGUCACUCACCAGGUCAACUAUCUUGGUCUUGUGGAGAACCUGCGUGUAAGGAGAGCUGGCUUUGCAUACAGACAAAGCUAUGAUCGGUUCCUGAGGAGGUACAAGAUGAUAUCACAGUACACGUGGCCAAACUUCCAUGGCGGAACAGACCAUGAGGGAACAAAAAUCUUGGUAGAGGAGCAAGGCUUCACCAGUGACGUCAAGUAUGGCAAGACCAAGAUCUUUGUGCGCUCCCCACAGACACUCUUUGCUCUUGAACAGGCACGGGCAAAGUUGAUCCCUGGCAUUGUGAUCUUCUUGCAAAAAAUGUGGCGUGGUGCCAUCUGUCGCCUGAACUACCGCCGCAUGCUGGCAGCCAUCAAGAUCUUGAGACAUUACCGCCUCUACAAGAUGAGAACCUACAUGCUGGAACUAAACAGAGUCUUCAGGAAUGUGAAGCAGAUGCCAGACUAUGGGAAGCACAUACGCUGGCCAGCCCCACCACUCGUGCUGCGCUCCAUGGUGUCAGACUUCCAGAGCAUCCACAACCGAUGGCGUGCUCACAUGAUCCUCUCCAACGUGCCCAAGUCAGAGUGGCCACAGCUGCGCAUCAAGGUGAUUGCCGGAGACGCUCUGAUGGGCAAGAGAGUGGACUGGGGAGUGCGGGAGAACUGGGAGGGCAACUACUUGGCCUCAACCAAAGAGAACCCAGAGGCCUCCACCUUCCAGUCAGCUUUGAGGAAUAUGCGCAACAAGGAUGGCUUUAGGGAGGUCCUGUUCUCAAGCCUGGUGCGCAAGAUCAACAAGAAAGACAAGAUGGCUGAACGAGGCAUGGUGGUCACGGACAAACACAUCUACAAGUUGCACAGCAAGACUUUUAAGCCUCUUAGGUCUCCCAUUCCCAUUCUUGAGGUCAGUGGGAUCAGUGUAAGCCCUGGACAGGAUCAGCUGGUAAUCAUCCAUCUGAGAGGUGGAAAUGACCUGGUUGUUUCCUUGACGUCCCAGGUCAAUGCCAACAGAGUUGGAGAACUGACAGGCUUACUGCUGCGUCAGUACCAAAUCCUGAACCGAACUGAGCUGCGUGUGGUGGUUUCAUCCACUCUGCAGUGCAUGCUUGGCAACAAGAGCAAGAUGAUCACAGUGGAGGAGACCAACAUUGGUUCCUUCCCAGUAUUCAGGCGAGGCUCCAAAAAGGAUCUGGUGUACUCCUGGCCAUCCUCAUUCAACAAGGAACUACCUCCUACCCCAGCAAGCACCAUGAACCACAGAUCCUCACACCCCCGCCAAGCUCCGCCACCCCCUCCAUCCCGCUCCCCUGUCAACGGGCACCACAGGAAUUCCAACGGCCAUCAGAUCCACAACUACAGCAAUGUUCCCCCUAUGAGCAAGAUGAACGGACAGUCACACACAAAUAGUCACCUCCACAGGAAUGAGAAUGGUCGGCUUUAUGCCAACGCUGGACAGUACUGAACAUCCGUGUGAUGGUUGAGUGAGUGAUGGUUGAGUCAGGGUAAUGCUUAAGUAGUCAGUGUGAGGAAGGUGAUUCAGUGUGUGUGUGUGUGUGUGUGUGUGUGUGUGUGUGUCUUGGACUUGUAAGGAAGAAUCAUGGCACCUGCACUUGGUCCAGAAUUUUUCUAUCAUUCAUCCAUUUUGUUAAUAUAGCUCCAAAUAAAGUAUUCAUUUCUGAACACUGACAGUGUACAAUCAUACUUGGCUCAUGUAUUUCUAGGGACCAAGAUAAGCUCCUAACCUUAUUUCUACUUUUGAUGGAUGACAUUAAUUUUAUAGAAUAUUGUGGCUCAUAUUUAAGCUCUAAGUUUUUAUACUUGCUUUUUUUUUUGUUUAUUUUUCCAUUAACAACUACCAAAUAUAUAUAGCAUGGCUUUAUAUGGCUGAACAGCCAAAAUACUUGACUUUCCUAUCCUAUAAUAGUUACAAGUUUCCUUCAAAUUGUUCUGUGAGCUGUUUCUGCACCAAGUUGGAGUGCACUCACUAAGAAAGGUAUCAGGAGGAGAACAUGUCACUGCUCUGCUAGAUGUCAUCAUCCUAUUCACACCAGAUUUAGGGCUGGCUGCCUUGUAAGAUGAUAACUACUAGGAUUGAAAGAAUCUAUUCAAAUGGUGCAAUGCCAACAACAACAACAACUUGCUGCAAAAUGGCCACAGGUUAUAUAAUCUGACAUACUCCCACUGAAUGUAUGUUGUAAUAACCAAUAUCUAAUAUUUUGUUGUAAAUGUGCAUUUAAUGUACAAAGUCAAAGCAGUAAGAAGAACAAAGCCUUAUUCAAUUACUGCAGACUAGGGACUCAUGACAAACAACAAAUAUAGUUUCUUGAUUCUUAAAUUAUAUGGAAAUUGUACAUUUCAAAAGUUGUCAGGAACUAUAAUUGUUCUUUUGUCGUGUUCUUAUGGGUAUUCUUCGAUUUGUAAAUAAUUAUGUAUACAAAUAUAUAUUUUAUAUAAUGAAACAAGUGAUGAAUUAUUGAGCUUGUGGUGCCAUUUUCCCUUAUCUUACAAAGUGAAUAUGAUGAAUCAGUCCAUGAGGCCUUCAAACAUAAUAAAUAGCAUUGCCUAUGGUUGUUGCACCAACAAGCUCCUCAUCACUGUAUCAUAUAAUAUUGCAGCAUAUAACCCUGUACUUAAUAAAUAAUGGUGCAUUUCUCUAUUAAGUUUAAAACACGUCCUGUAUAUUUUUCUAUAGUUUGCAAAAUGUAUGAGUAAUUCUGUGCCAUUUGUGUGGGGUGAAAGAGUACUGUUAAAUAUUUAUGUACAUAAAACAUGCUGAAAAUAAAAUUUACUUCAACAGAAGUAGCCAGGCUUCCAGGUUUAUAAUUGAUUAUCUCUGUCUUAGCUGCACCCCCACAUAGGGGGAUGCCAGCCUGGUAUACAGACUUGUAUCUUAAUGGACCUGCCUAUGGAGAUCAAAGAUAUUAACCACUAUGCACACACAGCUUGUAUCUACAUAAUCAUUAGUUAUAUUCAUUUCCCUUUUUAUCUGUGCUGUCCUUUUAGUGGUUGCAAUCUUUUUUGGUUCCAACAACUUCUACUCUUCAAAACACAGCAUAGCUACAUGUUUUGGGGAUAUUUCUUGUAAUAAGUGCCUGAUACUUUUGAAUACUUUAUAUACAUUUGUUUGGAAAAUAAAUAAAUUAUCAAAUA